UUGGUUAAAACUGUGUGUCUAAAAUUAAGGAGUACUAAUGACCUAAAUCCCUCCUUGUCUUGUGUUUCACAGUGGUGAAACAGGGAUAAUUCUAUCCCCUCACCUGGAAAGGUGGCUGAGAAAACAACUUCAUUCACAGUGCUGAAGCGCUCAGAUGCUGCAGUGAUGGACCCUAGAAAGGGUCUGUGAAGAAAUGGAAAAGCAGGAUGUCGAAGCAGGAUCUGACCCCAGGACAGUGAUAAAGGUAAUGUAGCAAUGCCAGGGAAGGAACCUUUGUGGAUCAUACACUUGUGGAGCCCAGAAUGAUAUAAAUAGCCCCGGGGAUGGAGACAAGCUCUCCUGCCACCUGGGGAAGCCGCCCAUGGUACAGAGAGGACCAACGUGUGCUACCAGAAGGGGAUGCAGCAGGAUCUUGUCUGGUAGGGAGUGAGGACUUUAUUCAGUACCACCAUUCAUUCUUCAUCUCUUAUCAGCACUGUAUCCCACACAAGAGUCUUUGAACCUGUACGGGGAAUGAUAUGCAAAUUGUUGCAAUUGUCCAAAUAUUGUGAGAAAGUAUUUGCAUAAAAUGUUACACACGAAGCAGAAGCAACCUUGGUGGUUUACAGGAGGCUGAAGAUGACAGCUUCUUUGGGCUGGAUUUUUAAAUAGCACUAUUCACUAAAUGUUCAUGCAAAAAAGGUCUCCUUAUUUAAACCAUGGAUAUGUCUCUCUAGCCCAUCGUAUAGAGGAUUAAACCUGGACCAUUUCUGACAGAGGUUCUGAGAAACCACAGGAGGCCUGAGACCUAAAGGGAAGGUGCAGAGCUCUGAGCGGAGAGCAGAGAAAGUAGCAGAGCGCGGGGCAGGAGGACAGCGUGCCUCCAGGACAGGCACGCAUAGGGAGGCCAGCGAGCAUCCCAGGGCAGGCAGAGGAGGACAGGGGACAAAGCAAAGGGAGAAAGAGAGAAGCCAGGCACAGCUUGAGCGUAAAGGAAGCUGAAGAGGCCCUGGGAGCCAGAGACGGGAGCCAUGCCCCACAGCUCUGACAGCAGUGACUCCAGCAGCUCCAGCCAGUCUCCCCCUCCCAGCAAGCAGGACUCUUCUGAUGACAUGAGGAAAGUCCAGAGGAGGGAGAAGAACCGCAUUGCUGCCCAGAAGAGCCGUCUGCGGCAGACCCAGAAAGCAGACACGCUGCACUUGGAGAGCGAAGACCUGGAGAGGCAGAACGCGGCCCUGCGCCGGGAGAUCCGGCAGCUGACAGAGGAGAUGAAGCACUUCACCUCGGUGCUGAGCUCCCACGAACCGCUCUGCUCCAUCCUGGCAUCGCCUCCGCCGCCGCCCCCAGAGGUGCUCUAUGCCACACACUCCUUCCACCAGCCCCACAUCAGCUCCCCGCGCUUCCAGCACUGAGCCAGCCGGUGGGGCGGCCAAGAAGCAACCUCGUGGGGCUCGCUUUUCCAUCCGGAGAGGGACAGACAGACAGACGGCCCUUCUCACAGUGUGUACUCUGAGUGACUUUGUCCAAGACUUGUUCCCCGUGCUGAAAUGGCAGGGCCACCAGGAGGCAUCUUCGGGCAGUUUCCAGCUUGGAUCCUGGGAAGAGGAGCAUUCGCAAAAGGGCACCAACCCCUUCCCCGGUGCUUGCUUGGGGACCCCGCGGGAGCGUGGGCACGGGCAGCCCCCGUGCGAGUGGCUGGCUGUGGCGUGCAGCGGCGGGAGCUCCGGGCAGAGGAAUGGAAGCAGGGGCGGAGGGGAAGGUUGGGGGCCAUAGAGUACCAGGGCAAAAGUGGUUUAUUUUUGUAAAAUAAAGAAUGAAAAUGC